ACAAAGCAAUUGGAACCUCAGCCAGAAAAAUGGUCCGUCAGUAAACACACCCAAACAUGUCCAACAGAUGCCUAUGGAAAUCUUGAGUUCCAGGGAGGUGGACAUUCAAAUAAGGCCAUGUAUAUACGUGUGUCGUAUGACACCAAACCAGAUUCUCUGCUUCAUCUCAUGGUGAAAGACUGGCAACUGGAACUUCCCAAGCUUUUAAUCUCUGUCCAUGGGGGCCUCCAGAAUUUUGAAUUGCAACCUAAAUUGAAACAAGUAUUUGGGAAAGGCCUGAUCAAGGCUGCCAUGACAACAGGAGCCUGGAUUUUCACUGGAGGAGUUAGUACUGGAGUAAUUCGCCAUGUGGGAGAUGCCUUGAAAGAUCAUUCUUCCAAGUCCAGAGGACGAAUCUGUGCCAUAGGAAUUGCACCAUGGGGCAUUGUGGAAAAUAAGGAGGAUCUGAUUGGGAAAGAUGUGUCAAGAGUUUACCAAACAAUGUCAAACCCUCUAAGUAAGCUCUGUGUGCUCAACAGUUCUCAUACACACUUCAUCUUAGCGGACAACGGCACACUUGGUAAAUACGGAGCUGAAGUUAAGUUGCGACGUCAACUGGAAAAACACAUCUCCCUUCAGAAAAUUAACACACGACUGGGACAAGGUGUGCCAGUGGUUGGGCUCAUAGUUGAAGGGGGUCCCAAUGUGAUCUCUAUCGUCCUGGAAUGUCUGCGAGAAGAGCCCCCUCUCCCUGUUGUUAUCUGUGAUGGCAGUGGACGAGCAUCUGACAUUCUGUCUUUUGCACACAAAUAUUCUGAAGAAGGGGGGAUAAUAAGUGAAUCCCUCAGGGACCAGCUUCUAGUUACCAUUCAAAAAACCUUCAACUACAACCGGAACCAAGCCCAUCAGCUGUUUGUCAUUCUCAUGGAGUGUAUGAAAAAAAAGGAACUUAUAACUGUGUUCCGUAUGGGUUCUGAGGGGCAACAGGACAUUGAGAUGUCUAUUUUAACUGCUCUACUUAAAGGUACCAACGCAUCUGCACCAGAUCAGCUGAGCUUGGCAUUGGCCUGGAACCGUGUGGACAUUGCACGUAGCCAAAUCUUUGUCUUUGGACAUCACUGGCCGCCUUUAGGAAGCCUUACAGUGACUGAUGGCACAGCACCUGAGAAGGAAAAGAAAUCUCCAGCAGCUCAAACUAAAGCAGCCAGAGGGAAAGGAAAAGGGAAAAAAAGGGGGAAAAUGAAAGAAGAGCCGGAAGAAGAAACAGAUCCACGGAAGCUUGAACUACUAAACUGGGUGAAUUCCCUGGAGCAGGCUAUGCUGGAUGCCCUGGUACUGGAUCGAGUCGAUUUUGUGAAACUUUUGAUUGAAAAUGGCGUGAACAUGCAACGCUUCCUCACUAUUCCUCGACUAGAAGAGCUUUAUAAUACUAGAUUGGGUCCACCAAAUACACUGCAUUUGCUUGUCAGGGAUGUGAAAAAGGGAAAUCUUCCACCCGAUUAUCAUAUCAGCCUGAUAGAUAUUGGUCUUGUACUUGAAUACCUCAUGGGUGGAGCUUAUCGCUGCAACUAUACUCGAAAAAGUUUUCGGACCCUUUACAAUAAUUUAUUUGGACCAAAGAGGCCAAAAGCUCUUAAACUUUUAGGAAUGGAGGACGAUGAGCCUCCAACCAAAGGGAAAAAGAAAAAAAAGAAAAAGGAGGAAGAGAUAGAUAUCGAUGUGGAUGACCCAGAAGUCAGCCGCUUUCAGUACCCAUUUCAUGAACUCAUGGUAUGGGCAGUGCUGAUGAAACGGCAGAAGAUGGCACUCUUUCUUUGGCAGCGAGGGGAGGAGACCAUGGCCAAAGCACUUGUGGCAUGUAAACUGUACAAAUCCAUGGCCCAUGAGUCUUCAGAGAGUGAACUGGUGGAUGACAUCUCUCAGGAUUUGGACAACAACUCAAAAGAUUUUGGCCAGCUGGCUGUUGAGUUGUUAGAUCAAUCCUAUAAACAUGAUGAACAGAUUGCCAUGAAAUUACUGACCUAUGAACUGAAAAAUUGGAGUAACUCCACCUGCCUAAAACUUGCUGUGGCAGCUAAACACAGGGACUUCAUAGCUCACACCUGCAGCCAGAUGUUAUUAACAGACAUGUGGAUGGGGCGGCUACGCAUGCGGAAAAACCCAGGCCUUAAGGUUAUAAUGGGGAUUCUCUUCCCACCCACCAUCCUAUUCCUAGAGUUUCGCACUUCUGAUGAUUUUUCCUAUCAGACAUCAAGAGAAAAUGAAGAUGGCAAAGAAAAAGAGGAGGAAAAUGUGGAUGCAAAUGCUGAUACAGGCUCCCGAAAAGGAGAUGAAGAGAAUGGAAACAAAAAGCAACGGAGCCUUCCUAUUGGAAAAAAGAUCUAUGAAUUCUAUAAUGCACCUAUUGUAAAGUUCUGGUUUUACACGAUAUCAUACCUGGGUUACUUAAUGCUGUUCAAUUAUAUAAUCUUGGUGCGGAUGGACCGCUGGCCCUCACUCCAGGAAUGGAUUGUCAUCUCCUAUAUUGUGACUCUGGCUUUAGAGAAAGUAAGAGAGAUUCUGAUGUCGGAGCCAGGCAAGCUGAGCCAGAAAAUAAAAGUCUGGCUGCAGGAAUACUGGAAUAUCACUGAUAUGGUGGCUAUUUCAGUAUUUAUAAUUGGAGCAAUUCUUCGCCUACAGAACCAGCCUUACAUGGGUUAUGGAAGAGUAAUCUACUGUGUGGAUAUCAUUUUCUGGUACAUUCGAGUACUGGAUAUCUUUGGUGUGAACAAGUAUUUGGGACCCUAUGUCAUGAUGAUUGGAAAAAUGAUGAUUGACAUGCUGUACUUUGUGGUCAUCAUGCUUGUGGUUCUGAUGAGUUUUGGAGUAGCCCGCCAAGCUAUCCUGCACCCAGAUGAGGAGCCCUCUUGGAGACUAGCUCGCAACAUCUUCUAUAUGCCCUACUGGAUGAUCUAUGGAGAGGUGUUUGCAGACCAGAUAGACCCUCCUUGUGGGGAUAAUCUUUAUGAUGAGGAUGGUAAACGUCUCCCUCCAUGCAUACCUGGGGCCUGGCUCACACCUGCUAUCAUGGCUUGUUACCUUCUGGUAGCAAACAUUCUACUGGUAAAUCUGCUGAUUGCUGUCUUCAACAAUACCUUCUUUGAAGUGAAGUCCAUAUCCAACCAAGUUUGGAAAUUCCAGCGAUAUCAGCUGAUCAUGACAUUCCACGACAGACCUGUCCUACCUCCACCUAUGAUCAUCUUCAGUCACCUCUACAUAAUCAUCAUCCGCCUUUGCUGUCGCUGUAGGAAGAAACAAGAAGGAGACCAGGAUGAGCGUGACCGGGGACUGAAAUUGUUUCUGAAUGAUGAAGAGCUGAAGAAAUUGUAUGAAUUUGAAGAGCAAUGUGUUGAGGAAUAUUUUCAGGAAAAGGAGGAUGAACAACAAUCAUCUAAUGACGAACGUAUCAGAGUGACAUCUGAAAGAGUGGAAAACAUGUCUAUGAGGUUAGAAGAAGUGAAUGAAAGAGAACAUUUUAUGAAAGCUUCUCUUCAGACAGUUGACCUUCGACUUUCUCAGCUGGAGGAGCUAUCUGGUCGGAUGGUGAAUGCCCUCGAAAAGCUGGUGGGUAUUGACAAAUCCGAGCUGACGCAUACACACUCACGAGCUUCUUCGGAAUGUGAUGCCGCUUACCUCCUGAGGCAAAGCAGUGUCAACAGCUCUGAUGGCUACAGCAUGUACAGAUAUCAUGUCAGUGGUGAUGAGUUAACAUUUGAUGAUAGCACCACCGCGAUGUCACCAGCCAUGGGAUUGCGCAAAAAAGCCUAUUAUUUUGGUACGAAAGAAGAGAAAGAUGGUGCAGACUCAAAGAUGCAGCUGCUUCCAGAACGUCAGGGUAGUCUUCGCUAUAUCUCCAGUGCUAAUACAGUUGCCACUACAGAUUACAAUAAAUCUACAUUAGAAAUUGCACAGAAUGUCACUAGACAUUCAGACGUUUCAGUUUCAUCUGGUGACAAGCAAGGGAUUUCCAAGAGUGAUGAAACAAUUCCCCAAAGCAUAAAGCAAACAGAUAUUGUUAUGAAUGGACAGUCAAUCACAAGACCAGAUUUUCAGAACACUCAUUUAACAGUAGAAAGGACCAAGUUAGAAGCUACUAUCUCUUAUCCCUUGGACAAGUCUAAGGCAAUGCGCUAUUACCCUGCUGAAGCUUUCAAUGCUUGUCAAACAACCAUGCUAAAGUCAAGGAGCUUUAUAUUUGCACAUGGAGGGAAGCUGGUUGGGGGAGUCAACAACUGGACCACAGACUAUAACACCAUAAUGGAUCGAGUGUGCCCUUCCACAGUUGAACAGUGGACUAGUGAGUGGAAAUACCAGGUUGAACAGAAACUUUCUAAUGAACCUAGUCCAGAAUAUCCUGGUGAGUCUGAAGCAGAAAGGCAAGCAGAGCAGAAACAGUUACUGACAGAUACAGAAGAUGACAGUGAUGUUGGCGAAGCAGGUGUCAGUGCCUCUCAUACUUCUACACCUGUCACCGACAGGACUGAGACAGAAAACUUACUGUCAGUGAAGCCAGACAGGACUGAUAGAUUCCCAUCUGUACGAUCAAAGAGUUUACACAGCCAUUCUCGGAAAGCCAAGUCCAUUAAGGACAAAUUAAAUAGACCAGGACACGCCAGCAGUGUAACUAAUCUAGUGGUGGCCUGUGGCAGUGCAACAGAAGAAAAAAAAGCUAAGCAAGAAAACACUUCCACGGAAACUGAGUGCUAAAAUGGUUCACAGUCCAUGUGGCAGUGAUGGUCAAGAAUUUGUUUGGAUUAGUUUAACAAAUAUACCACACUGAACAGAAAUGUUUGACAAUUUAAUUCCUAAAAAAAUCUUGCAUUUACUGAUUUUCUGUAUUUUUAAUUCUGUAGAAAUGUUAAUACCCUGUUCUCAAACAAACGCUUUGUGAUUUGGGUGAAAGGAAGACAUGUGCUUUAGGGGUGGAUGUAAGGCUAGGCAUGAUAAGAAAAUGCCAAGUGGUCCAGAUCUUUCUGGGGUCCGUUGGCCUUCCAUAUUCAUUUAUUGACUGAGUCUUUAUUAGAGCUGGUUGAAAACUGGAAAAUAUUUUCAUAAAAAAUGGAGAAAAUUCUCUCCCUUUUUUCAUUAGAAAGCUGCUACAUUCAAACUUUUUGGACUAGCUUUAUCUUCACAUGUCCACCUGAUUUCCUUAUGGAUGUAGUCUUUAAAGAAGAAAAAGUACUGAAUGCAAAGGAAAGUUUUGCAAUCUCCUUGAUUUCACGGAUACCUCUUAGUUAAAUUGCCAAGGAAUGCACAUCAGAAGUGACUUUCAGUCAAUAAACUAGACAUAAAUCGAGUUAAAACAAAACAAAAAAAUGCAGGUUUCUCCAAGCACAGCAGGACUUGGAAGCCACCAGUUUUGUCUGGUACCAAAAUAUUUCACCUGUCUUUGAACAUGGGUGAUGGCAUCUUGUUUUCUGUUACUUUGAGAAGGAGUAUCCUCCUUAGCAUG